AUGGAUAUUCGAAUAGAUAAUCAAUUAUUUGAAAAAAUGAAAUUAAGUUUAAUUGAACAAUUCAAAAUUUAUCGGUUUUUAAUAAAAAAAUUACGUCGACAAUUAUUCCGACAACAAAAAGCAAAAGAACGUGAUGAAAAUCUUCGUCUAGAAGAAAUUCAAAGACAAAAUGAUCCAUUAUAUCAAGCAUGGAUUAUACAUCAAGAAAAUAUCCGAAGACAAAAAGAAAUUGAAGAAGAAGAAGAAAAUCAAAAAGCUCAAAAAUUACGAAAACAACAUGAACAAAUGGAAAUUCAAAAGAAAGAACAAUUAAGAAAAGAAAUGGAAGAAAAACAAAAAGAAUUAUCAUUAUCAAAAAUCACUGCUCCAACUCAUAAUCCAUUUGCACCAAUUCAAGUAACGAUUGCUCCAAGUAUUGAACGUCCUGUUUGUUCAUUUUAUUUAAAAACCGGUGUUUGUCGAUAUAAUGAGCGUUGUCAUCGAACUCAUAAUAAACCAGAUAUAACUAAUACAUUAUUAGCUGUAAAUAUGUAUUCAAAUUUUGAAAUGCAAUAUGGUUUAGAUGAUGAAUAUGAUUUUGAUAUUGGUUUAGAAUUUGAAGAAUCUGAACGAUAUGAAAAUUUUAAAGAUUUUUAUUAUGAUGUUUUACCAGAAUUUGAACGUUUUGGUCAUGUAAUUAUAUUUAAAGUAUGUGCAAAUUCCGAAAUACAUUUACGUGGAAAUGUUUACAUACAAUAUGAAACAGAUUAUCAAGCUAUGCAAGCAUAUAAAGCAUUAAAUACACGAUAUUAUGCUGGUCGAAUGGUUCAAUGUCAAUUUGUAAAUAUUCCAAGUUGGUCAGCAGCUAUUUGUGGUUUAUUUGAACAUGGCAAAUGUCCAAAAGGACGUCGUUGUAAUUAUUUACAUGUAUUUCGAAAUCCACCAUUAAAAUCUAUUGAAAAAAAUAAAGAUGAAUCUAGUCGAAAAAAUAAACGUUCAAAAUCUCGCGAUCGUUCAAAUAAAAGAAAGAAGAAAUCUCGUCAUUGA